CUGUAUCCAUGUCAGUGGAACAAGCCAUGCUGAUGUCAGAGCUGUUCCCCCCGCGCGGUGGGAGGAUCUCCGUGCGUUGAGUCACGCAGCUGUCAAAGAUAGCUGUCAGCCAGCUCCAGGAUCAAACACACAGUCAAUGAGAAAAGGGGCUUCGAGCCGAAGGGACGCAGAGAUCUCAGGCGAAGAAGCGAGUUUUGAUGAAUAAGGAUUUGGGGAUAUUCGGAUACACGCCGGGGAUUUCUGGAGAAAAGAGGAGAGACGCCGCGCUGACACAAAGACCGUUUUCUUCUGCGCCUGACGAGGAAAAAGUGGGCACCCGCGGGAGGAAAUGAAGACGAAAAAGGGUAUGACGAUGCUGUCGGGGAGCGAGACGGACGACGAGGACAGCGUGGACGCCCCUCUGGACCUGUCGUCCAGCUCGGGGAGCAACGGGAAGAGGAAGCGGCGGGGGAAUCUGCCCAAGGAGUCGGUUCAGAUCCUGAGGGACUGGCUGUACGAGCACCGAUACAACGCUUACCCGUCCGAGCAGGAGAAGGCCCUCCUGUCCAAGCAGACUCAGCUCUCCACACUACAGGUGUGCAACUGGUUCAUUAACGCCCGGCGGCGACUUCUCCCGGAGAUGCUGCGAAAAGAUGGCAAAGACCCCAACCAGUUCACCAUAUCCAGGAAAGGUAGCAAGGCGGGGGACAGCUUCUCCGACAGCUCCCAGUCCCCGAAGCACGGCAGCCCGGCGGGCGGCGCCGAGGAGCGCUACGACAAGCGCGCCCUCCACCCGUCCAGCUUCGAGCCCGCCGUGCCGAGGAGGAAGGCCGAGUCCCCGUCUCCGGCCUCGCCGCCCUCCCCGGGCCCCGUGCCCACCCGCCCCUCCGUCAUCUGUCACACCACUGUCACCGCGGCGACGCAGGGAAGCCCGACCGUCUCCCACCCCUGCGCGCCCGGAAUGAACUGCGACGGGGCCGCCGAGCUGUCGCAGGUGCAGGCGCUGCUCAGGUGCCAGGAGGAAGGGCGGGGCGGCAAGCCGCUCCACACCACCACCACCACCACCACCACCACCCUCGGCGGCAUGGAGGGUAACCUGAGCCCCCGCAGCGGGCUCUUCAACACCCCUCCCCCCACCCCCCCAGACCUCACGCAAGACUUCAGCGGCUUCCAGCUCCUGGUGGACGUGGCCCUCAAGCGGGCCGCAGAGAUGGAGCUGCAGGCCAAACAGCUGGUGUCCUAAAAAGCGACGGACGGAGAAGUCGAAGAGGGAUUAGGGACUGACUUUGUGUCUCGGCGGCGGAACUCCUCGGAGUUCAGUGACUCGAACAAAUCCACAGGAAAAGCCUGAUCGUUUCUAUUUUUGGUAUACCAAUCAAAUUGAUGAGGACGUUUUUUUUUUUUUUUUAUUGAACAAAAAAGACUGUAUCGAGGUGCCUUGGCUGUAAGUUGUCUAUCCAUUUCACAUACAUGCGUGUGUAUCUACAUGUGUAUCUUAUUUGCACACAGGGACCAAAAAUGUUUUUUCGAGAAAUGCUGCCUGUCUUAUGUCUUUCCGUCAUACCGCAUAUAUCGUUUCAGAGAGCGGGGAACGAGCUGGAAUCAGCUCUCCAUCACGCACGUUUACCCCUUCACACAUUCACAGGUCAGCUCACGAUUCGUCUGCCAUGUUUGUUUGCACACUAAAGGCAGAGGAAGGUCAUCUCAGUGUCUUAAACAUACUUUGCUCUCAGCAUCUAUGACAAACUUAUUCACUACUGUAGUAAAUGUUUUCAUAAGUAUAAGUGUAGUUUUGAUUUUGUAAUUUACUUUUAGCUAUUUUAAAAGGAGAAAAAAAUAAUGUUUUUUUUUUCUUUUUUUCCCCACCACGGGAUAUUUCAUAUGACCAAUGUAGCGGGUUCUUAGUCGGAGCCUUCGACCCAUCACUCAGCGAAAAAAAACGACGGCCAGUGGACUGGAAAAUGAAACACUACAGAUGUCUUUUCUGCAUUUGCUGUUUUACAACCUAAGACAGUCAUUUUGAAAUCACCAAAAACGCAUAUUCAUGUAUAAUAGGACCAUGUGUAUAGUUAAUGUGACGCGAUGCCCAAUGAUGUGAUUUCUCUUCAUACUGUGCAAUGUUUGUGGCGAAUAGGGGUCACAUGGGAUUACAAUAAAGUUUUGUUUUUCUACA